UUUUCUAGCGUAGUACGGGUCUGCUGAGCGGAGCUGCCAUUAUACCCCUCCUCUGCCGCCUAGUGCCCCAAGAGAGGAGGGGGAGGAUGCAGAGUCGCCUCCCCGGGGAUCAAGCCGUGCGUCGGGCCACUCGGGACAGGUCAUCAAGCAGCUAAAUGGAGUCUGAGCAGCUAUUUCAGCGCAGUUAUUAUCGGAACAGUUACAACAGUAUUACCAGCGCAAGCAGUGAUGAAGAGCUUCUAGAUGGAGCCGGGGGAAUGAUGGACUUCCAUACACUGGAAGAUGACCACUUGUUGGAUGGUGAUGCGUCAAUGGGAACUCAUUACACAAUGACAAACGGAGGAGCCAUCAAUAGCACCACUCACUUGCUGGAUCUUUUAGAUGAGCCAAUCCCCGGGGUUGGAACAUACGAUGAUUUCCAUACGAUCGACUGGGUGCGGGAAAAAUGUAAAGACAGAGAGCGUCACAGACGGAUAAAUAGCAAGAAAAAGGAAUCUGCAUGGGAGUUAACCAAAAGUCUGUAUGAUGCCUGGUCCGGGUGGCUGGUCGUUACGCUCACAGGUUUGGCAUCAGGUGCCCUGGCCGGCCUGAUAGAUAUCGCCGCAGACUGGAUGGCCGAUCUGAAGGAAGGGAUUUGCAUGAGUGCGUUCUGGUUUAAUCACGAGCAGUGCUGCUGGGGAUCAAACGACGCGACGUUCGAGGAGAGAGACAAGUGUCCGCAGUGGAAAACGUGGGCCGAUCUCAUAAUAGGCCAAGCAGAAGGUCCCGGCUCGUAUAUAAUGAAUUAUAUCAUGUACAUAUUCUGGGCGUUGAGUUUUGCUUUUCUGGCUGUCUCUCUGGUAAAAGUGUUUGCUCCGUACGCAUGUGGCUCAGGAAUCCCAGAGAUCAAAACCAUUCUGAGUGGAUUCAUCAUCAGAGGGUAUCUGGGCAAAUGGACCUUAAUGAUCAAAACCGUCACGCUGGUUCUAGCUGUGGCCUCGGGUCUAAGUCUGGGGAAGGAAGGUCCCUUGGUACACGUCGCCUGCUGCUGUGGAAAUAUCUUCUCCUACCUCUUUCCCAAGUACAGCACAAAUGAGGCAAAGAAAAGGGAGGUCUUGUCGGCUGCCUCGGCAGCGGGGGUGUCUGUAGCGUUUGGCGCUCCAAUAGGUGGGGUUCUUUUUAGUUUGGAGGAGGUGAGUUACUACUUUCCUCUGAAGACCUUAUGGAGAUCUUUCUUUGCAGCCCUGGUAGCCGCUUUCAUUUUAAGGUCAAUCAAUCCCUUCGGGAACAGCCGUCUUGUCCUCUUCUACGUGGAGUAUCACACUCCUUGGUACCUUUUUGAACUCAUCCCGUUCAUUCUCCUGGGUGUGUUUGGAGGAUUGUGGGGAGCCAUUUUCAUCCGCGCAAACAUCGCCUGGUGCCGGCGUCGGAAGACGACAAAAUUCGGGAAAUAUCCUGUCCUGGAGGUCAUUGUUGUGACGGUCAUCACUGCGAUCAUUGCUUUUCCCAACCCGUACACGCGCUUUAACACCAGCCAGCUGAUCAAGGAGCUGUUCACGGACUGUGGGCCUCUGGAGUCGUCCACGCUGUGCGACUACAAAAAUGACAUGAAUUCCAGCAAAAUCGUGGAUGGCAUUGCAGACCGCCCUGCGGGCAACGGGGUGUAUUCGGCCAUAUGGCAGCUGUGCUUGGCUCUUGUGUUUAAAAUCAUCAUGACUGUCUUCACUUUUGGCAUUAAGGUUCCUUCUGGCUUGUUUAUCCCCAGCAUGGCCGUCGGGGCCAUAGCAGGAAGGAUAGUAGGCAUUGCCGUGGAGCAGAUGGCCGCGUAUCACCACGACUGGUUUAUCUUUAAGCAGUGGUGUGAAGUUGGAGCAGACUGUAUAACGCCCGGUCUGUAUGCCAUGGUUGGUGCCGCCGCUUGUCUGGGUGGCGUAACUAGGAUGACCGUCUCGCUGGUCGUCAUAGUAUUCGAACUGACCGGGGGUCUGGAAUACAUUGUUCCUCUCAUGGCUGCUGUGAUGACAAGUAAGUGGGUGGGAGACGCCUUUGGAAGGGAAGGCAUCUACGAAUCGCACAUACGGCUCAAUGGAUACCCCUUCCUGGACGCCAAGGAGGAAUUCACGCACACCACUUUGGCACGAGAUGUGAUGAGGCCCAAGAGGAGUGACCCCCCGUUGGCAGUUCUUACUCAAGAUAACAUGACUGUAGAUGACAUUGAGUGUUUGAUCAAUGACACCAGCUAUAACGGCUUCCCGGUCAUCAUGUCUAAAGAAUCGCAAAGGCUCGUGGGAUUUGCAUUGAGAAGGGAUUUAACACUAGCAAUAGAAAAUGCAAGAAAAAAGCAGGAAGGUAUUGUUGGCAGCUCCCGGGUAUGUUUUGCCCAGCACACGCCAUCUCUCCCUGCAGAAAGCCCUCGACCCCUGAAGCUUCGCAGCAUCCUGGACAUGAGCCCGUUCACCGUGACUGACCACACGCCCAUGGAAAUAGUGGUUGACAUCUUCAGGAAGCUGGGCCUCAGACAGUGCCUUGUGACACACAACGGGACUGUCUUGGGGAUCAUCACAAAGAAGAACAUAUUAGAACACCUCGAGCAUCUAAAGCAGCACGUGGAACCCUUGGCGCCUCCUUGGCAUUAUCACAAAAAAAGAUAUCCUCCGUCAUAUGGCCCAGAUGGCAAACCACGACCCAGAGUCAAUAAUGUUCAAUUGAAUACAGUCUAUGAAGAAGAUCCGGAGGAGACUGGAGAAGAGGCCUUUUUGUUGACUAACUCUGUGUCCUGAUCUGGAUAUUUUGGUUUUGCAAACUGGAAGCAUUAUCAUAAAGUUUUUAUUUUAAAUGGCAUUCUUGCCUCCUUUGUUGUAAGACGUCACUGGAAGGUUCAGAGCUUUGUGGCACCAACGUGGAAUAGUGUCACCGCUGACGCUGUAUGAGUUGGGCAGUGUAGAAGCCUGGGAAGGUGCCUUCAUGACCAGCAAGUGUGUGACAGGAGUGCUUUGAAACUAAUUCCCUUAAAUAUAUUGGGGAUACCCUGAACUGAGCCAUCGGUUAUUCAAGACUUGCUAUAAGUUUUACCACUGGAAGAAUAAUAAUAUGAUGAUUAUGCUGUCACCUGUCUGAUUAUUACACCCUUUUUGUACAUUCCAGGACAAAA